AGAGCGGUUUGAUCUAGCAGCAGCUGCCUUUUUCCUCACUCAGUUCUCCUCGUGUCCAAGUAGUUUUUACAAAGAAGAAAUCCCCUGAUCCAAACAGGACUGAUUAAACUUCCCACCAGCUGUCCUUUGCUGAAACUGGGAAAAGAAACAGACGACAGGAUGGAUUCUUUCCAGCUGCUUUUUCUGCUGCUGCUGUACGGAUGUCUUCCAAAAGUACUAUCAGUACAGAUGUGUGACAUGAUGAACGAGAUUGAGCUGGAGAAAGAGCACUGUGAAAAUCGCACCUCUGGGAAUGUCACUUCAGGUUGCCAGGGGAUGUGGGACAUCAUCGCCUGUUGGCCUUCAGCCAGAGUCGGAGAAGUGGUGACAAUAACCUGUCCAACAUAUUUCAGCUACUUCAGUGACAAAGAGAGAGGUAACCUCUCCAAAACCUGCACAGCUGACGGCUGGACCGAGAUGCAUCCUAUUGACAUCGCUGUGAACUGUGGCUACAAUCUCAAUGGCACCAGCGAUGAUGGAAAGUUUUUCUGGCAAGUCAAGGUUGGCUACACCAUUGGUCACAGUGUUUCGCUUAUCUCUCUGAUUACAGCUAUUGUGGUCCUCUGCAUCUUCAGAAAACUCCACUGCACAAGGAACUACAUCCACAUGCAUUUAUUUGUCUCGUUUAUCCUGAAGGCCAUUGCUGUGUUCGCCAAGGAUGUGGUUCUCUACGAGUUUGGAGAGGUCGACAACUGCUCCCUAGGCUCUGUUGGCUGCAAAGCCGUCAUUGUAUUUUUUCAGUACUGUGUGAUGGCCAGUUUCUUCUGGCUGCUUGUGGAGGGCCUCUAUCUUCACGCAUUGCUGGCUGUCUCUUUCUUCUCUGAGAGGAAAUACUUCUGGGCUUACAUUGUGAUCGGCUGGGGAGGCCCAGCGAUUAUCAUCACAGCCUGGAGCAUCGGUAAAGCGUACUACAAUGAUGUAGGGUGCUGGGACAUUAUCGAGACCACUGAUGUGUUUUGGUGGAUUAUUAAAACACCCAUUUUAGCAUCCAUCCUGGUGAAUUUUUUUCUUUUCAUCUGCAUCAUUCGAAUACUUCGCCAGAAGAUAAACUGCCCAGAUAUUGGAAGAAAUGAGUCCAACCAGUAUUUGCGACUUGCAAAAUCAACACUGCUUCUGAUUCCUCUGUUUGGAAUCAAUUUCAUAGUGUUUGCAUUCAUCCCAGAGCAAGUGAAGACUGAAUUACGCCUCAUUUUUGAUUUGAUUCUGGGAUCGUUUCAGGGCUUCGUGGUGGCAGUCCUUUACUGCUUCCUCAACGCUGAGGUCCAAGGGGAGAUUAAAAGGAAGUGGCGAAGGUGGCACUUGCAGAGAUACAUGGGCUCAGACACCAAAUACCAGCACCCGUCCAACAGCAGUAACAAUUUCAGCACCCAAAUCACCAUGUUGACACGUUGCAGUCCCAAAACACGCCGCGGUUCAUCCUCCUGUCACGAUGACUUGUCCUCCAUAUGAGUCACAAAACCAGAGCUGCAGACAAGCCAGCUGUGUUCUUUCAUGACAAAAACCUGUCAUGGAAACUCGCGCACAAAAACUACACAUUCACUCAUCAGCACUUGUAAUAAAUUGUGCAAAUCUUUUGCUGAUCCUGUUUCGUUUAAAAACCCAACUUUCUCAUUUGAGCAAUCUUUUACUUAUUAUUUUACUUUUAGGAAAAUGCUGAUUGGUAAAUGUUUGAGUUGAACAUUUUUGAUCAUUUAUUAAACUCUUCUUACGGUUGUUUUUUUAAGUGCAGAGACACAAGACAUUGUUACAAAACAUAUAUUAAUGUGAUUAAAAGUAUCUCUAGAUGUGAAAUGUACUGUAAGAUACAUUUUAGGUGUUAUUUUAAACUGAUUAAAAAAACAUUUAUUGGCAUUUAGGAACUCCUUGGAACGUUGAUAAGCCAUCAAUAGGAAAUAAUGAUCUGACGUUCCUGUAUUUUAUUGUGUGGAUUCUCACAAAUGCCAAAAGUUUAAGCAGGAAGACCAGUGUGUGACUACGUGAGGGGUUUGGAUCACAAAUGCUUUUUCUUAUACACUAUCUCUCUUACAUACAGACUGAUUUCCUUCUUUUUUCCAUCUAUGUUGCAUUCUCUCUUUGUUUUCCUGAUCCCUUGAUUGAGGGAAUGGUUUUCAUCAUUUCAGGCACUGACAAGUGCCUGGUUUCAGUGUUAUCAAGCAACACUUUUCACCCCAAUCUCUGAUUUCUGCAGGCUGCACAAUAACCUUGGAGAGAAAAUAUCUUGACACGACUCAGUGAUUGAAUGUUUACAUUUACUCGGGAAGAUAAUUUAAUGCUGUACAGACAAGUGAAUAGUGUACAUAAAGCGUGUGGCUAUACUUCUCGUGUAGUGUGGAUUAAUUUAUGGCUGCAAAUGCUUUAAUUAGCUACUAGUAAUUGUUUAACAUUGCAUUAUAGAUUAUCAAAAGCCUCCAGAUUUACACUGUUGUACAGGCUUGUUAAUAUGACAGUUUCCGGUUCAUGGUCUGGUAGAGUAAAUGCUCAGAUUUAUAAUGCGGAAGAGUAAUGCUUACACAAUGAUGCCUCCUUGAUCAUGCUCCAGUGGACUGACAAAAGCCUCCAUUAUGUCUAAUAUUUAUGGAAAGGUCCACUGACUUGUUGUAUUCAAAACUUACUGUCACCGGAGUCUGAAACUGACAAGGCAGUAGAGAACGCUGUAAAGCAAAGCAAAGUGACAGGGCUGACUAGUCCUGUCACAUUAAGGCUUUUGUCAUGCUUCUUAGCUCACAUGGGGUGGACUUCAAGUCAUUCCCACGUUCAUGGUGCCACAUGGAGCAUCCAGGAGAGUUUACCCAGAAAGAAAAAAAAACCUGUCCUAAAGGUUUGACUGUUUUUUUUUUUUUAUCUUCCAUUGUAAACAUUUUUCUGAACGUCCCAGUUCCACUUGUUGACAAAGGCAACAUGACAUUUUCACGGCUGAGAAACUUUAUGACAAAGGCAGGUCCAGAUAAUUCCAAAUAUCUUGAAAUACACAAACUCAUACUAGAAUCCUAUCACGUAGACAGAUUAGAUUCAAAGACACACAGUUCAGUCUGAUACUAAAAGUAAAACAGGAGAGUCUAAUCCAGUUUAUAAUGCCAACUGUUCAAAGGUUUUUUGUCCUGGGGGUUAUGAGGCGAGGCGGUGGAGCAGGUGCACCAUGUGCAGGGACUGUAGCUCCACAGCGCAGCUGUCCAAGGUUCAGUUCCCAACCUUUAGGCCUUUGUCACGUGCUUCCCCCUUUUAUCUGUCUCUGUCCAUGUCCUUUUGAGCAAGCAGGCUGCAAAAAUGGGCAGAUUAUCUUUGGGAGAUAAAGAAUUUUAGGCCAGAGUAAACACACCAGACAGAAGCAAGGCAGUAUUAAAAUUCAUAAAAAAGCUUCACUUAAAUUGGAUAAAGUGAUCUUCUGUUUUGCAAUGUUUUACUUCUGUAUCAGGCAAGUAGUUUGACUGCAAAUGUUUUACAUCUUCCGUUCUCAGUACGUUUAACACAAGAAGCUACCGGUAAUUUCAUCACUUGCAUCCAAAUCCUGCAAAACUUUUGUUGACAUACCAAUGCAAAUUGUAUGCUUAUCAUUGAUUUGAAGGUUUACAAUAAACAUUUGCCUAAACAACUGAUGUUUCUCAAACUGAAGUUAUUUUAUGACAUUAGAACUUUGACUCUUUCUACUGGAUGUUGCCUUCUACUUCUAAAAUUAAUCUGCAAAAUAUCUGGUAAGAUAAUAAUGGCUUACAAAUUUCAGAAAACCUAACUUUAAAAAUCCUUAAUUAUCUUUUUAACAAAGUAGAACCCAGAAAUAGAAGCAUUUAUUAACGUGACAUAACAGUGUAAUACUAACCUAGACUGUACUUUUCUGUCAAGUAGUGUUCACACAGCAGCAGAGACCAAAGUCAUGAAUUGACAAAACUGAGGAACCUGCACCAUUUGCACCCCAAUCCUGUUUUUAAAAACACCACCCUUAUCCAUCCCUACUGUGCACUUUAAAAAGUCCAAAGAAAACAUCUGCAAGAUAUCGUGAAACAGAAAACUGAAAGGCCAAUGGAAAAAACUGCGGUCAAAAAGUCACGGGCCCAAAACCUUUAGCAUGGGAAUCUGUGGGAAACUCUAGUUUUGCUCUCGUAGUCACAUCUAGAGUGUGGACUAUCUUCAGCCUGACAUAACAAUACCAGAAAGAUACUGAGUCCCAAAAGAACAAGCUGUUUUUUUUUUUUACUUCAUUGAGGAACUGUAAUUCUUUAAACAAUGACAUGCCAUUAAAAUUGUUGUGUUCUCAUGUGCAGCCAGAUGUAGAGUACAGUUAAAUAACCGGUGCUGGCCUGCUCAUCUAGUUUAGGGGCUAUAUUAUAGUUUUCAUUGAAUUUCUGAACACAGUCUGCUCUUCCUUGAUAUAAUCAAGGAUCAGCAGAACUCGGUGUAAGCAGUAAAGGACUGGAAGUGACUCAGCUAGCAAGUUGCCCUUGUGUCACAUUUUACACACUGAUAUAAAAUCUGUCUCAUUAAAACCAGUAGAAGAAACAAAAAAACAACAACACUGAACUCUUCCAAUAAACAUACUGUGUCUCAAGAUGCCUUUGAUGUAAUUGUGUGAAUUGCUUAUAUUUACCCUUUAUUAAUGAUGAUUACUGUAAAUAGAUUUGUACAAGCAGCUGUACAUGUUGAUCCACUCUGUUUUUGCUACAGUGAAAAAUAAUGAGUAAACCUUAAAAGGUGUCAUUGAACCAACACAUAUUCUAAUGUGGGCUUAAUGUAAAUAUUCUGUAUUGAAUUUGUUGUGUAUGAUUUUUUUUGGCCAAAGUUGUAAAUAUGAGAUAAGUGCAAUGCAUGUAAUGCUCAUCCAGUGCAUAUUGUUGUGAAACUUCAAAAUGUACUGUGUGUGUUUAUAUGUCUGACACUUCUGUAAAUACAAAACUGUAUAUGUUUUGAAUCUGUUUUUGUAUCAUCUUAAUCAUUCUGUUGUAAUUUUAUUACGUCAUUUUCACUGCAAACAGAAAUAUAUUGACAGGGAUGAUUAUUGAUAAAAUGUUGGCAUUGUUCCACUUGAAAUGAAGGAAAUAAAUUUAGAGCAAAAAGUA